UUGGAAGAGCUUUGUAUCGGCUCGACGGUGAAACGACGGAUCUUUGGUGAGCUUCCCUCGUGAGUUUGUUGAAAGUGGUUGUAGAAUGAAGUGGUGGAAAAAUAGCUGCUAUAAGCUCGGACGUAAUUUGCCAGGAGUUUCGAACCAAGAAUAAAGAAGAGAGGAAUCCUACACAAUUGUUCUCUGACGAAUAUCGUUUUAAGGAUCGUUUAAAAUCGAAUCGGUUGAUAUUCUUUUGCGAAAGUGACUGAAUAUUAGCCGUUUCGAAAUCGGCAUCAAAAUAGUCAGUGUCGAAAGCAAAUCAACGUUGUUGCGCGAAUCGAUCUGGAUCAACGAACAGAGUCUUUUCAAGCAAAUUCAUAUUUUUCCAAAACCGAUUGAUACCAAAUCGAUCAUGAAAUUUUCGCAAAACAAGGACGAGAAUUGCGAAUCGAAUAUAAGAAAAGCGUAGAAUGAUUUACACCUAAAAUCGGUCCUAGCUAUUGGCUUGAGAAAUAAAGGAAAUUCAUGCUAUAUUGGUCGUAAGCCAUGGCGCGCAAUAAUGAGAGUCAUUACAGCCGAGGUCGAAAGGUCGCAACGAUAAUAUUGUAGAAGUAAAAGUAGUCCUGUCAGAGAGAAUCCUCGUUUUAAAAAAAAAAAGUUUGUUUUGUCCUUGAAGAUCCUUGGAAAUAGACAUAACGCUCGAAGUAUUUGAACGAUUAAUUAAUUUAUUAUCAUCGGAAUUCGACUUGGGAAGGAAAGGAAUACAUCGAUCGUAGAUUGAAAGAAAAAGUUUGAAAGCAGGAAGAUACUGGAAGCCGUUUAUACCGCAAAUCGAAAGAUAUCUCGGAAAGGGAAGGAAUCCGAGUUAGCUGGUGCUUUGAUAUUACGACUUCCUGCGGAGCACCCUUCGGCCGUCGCGUAGAUAUCGCGAAACCCCUAUCGAGAGAACGCACGCGCGUAUGUUCUCGAGCGUGUAACAGGUGUCCAGUGCGCCAGCAAACGUAUGUGGGAUAUAACUUUGCAAAGUCUGUAUUGAUCUAACCGAAGAGUCAUAAUAAAAUUGGCAUCGAAUAAGGAACGAUAUGUCCUUGUAAAGAGGAAUAAUCGGAAUAAGAUGAGUUAAUGACAAGGAAAUCGUUGGAGGAUUUUUGGAUCAUCGAAAUCGUGGAAGACAGGCCGUCAAAAUAGAAUAUCCCGGUGGCAGUGGUAUGUACGGGGGUGGUACGGGAGGUGCAGGGUAUGGGGUCGGUUUGGGCCCGGGACCUGGGCCCUCGCACUACGCUCCCUCGGGUUCCGGCGUGAGUUACCAAUUGGGCCCACCACCCCCACCGCCGCCAGCCGCUUGCCCCACCGGCGGAAGUCAGCUUCUGUCUUACGGGCCCAACCUAUCGCCUCACCACAUACAACAGACGCACGCGGACUCUCAGCAGCAGUCGAAAACACGGAGGUCGGACGAGGAUGAUACUAGUGGAUGUAAAUAUAGAAGAUUGGAGGACGACAAUGUGCAGGAUAAGGAGAGGUUUGCGAGCAGGGAGAAUCAUUGCGAGAUAGAAAGGCGGCGGCGGAACAAGAUGACCGCCUACAUCACCGAACUCUCGGACAUGGUACCAACCUGUUCGGCCCUUGCGAGGAAACCGGACAAACUGACGAUACUUAGGAUGGCAGUGGCACAUAUGAAAGCUCUCAGAGGGACAGGAAACACGGCCACGGACAACGCGUACAAACCAUCCUUUUUAACGGAUCAGGAGUUGAAACAUCUGAUCCUGGAAGCCGCCGAUGGGUUUCUUUUCGUCGUGAGCUGCGACAGCGGUAGAAUCAUCUAUGUUUCCGAUUCUGUCGCGCCCGUUUUGAAUUACACGCAGAGUGAUUGGUACGGGACGAGUCUAUACUCGCAAGUACAUCCGGACGAUACUGAAAAAGUACGGGAACAGCUCAGCGCCGCGGAACCUCAGCAGGGUGGAAGAGUAUUGGAUCUCAAGACCGGGACGGUCAAGAGAGAAGGUCAAUCGUCGAUGAGAUUGUGUAUGGGCUCGAGAAGAGGGUUCAUUUGUCGAAUGAAAGUUGGAAAUCUACAGACGACGGGUGAUAUGGCAGCCGCUCACGGUCUUCAUCGUAUAAAGCAAAGAAAUUCGUUAGGUCCACCCGCUCGGGAUGGGCAAAAUUACGCUGUAGUUCAUUGUACAGGGUACAUCAAAAAUUGGCCCCCCACCGGUGAUUUUGUUCCCCCAUGUGUACCAGGUGUGGGUCUAGCUGACAGAGGGCCCGGGGCCGUUCAAACAGGACCCGAUGGUGUAGUUACGGACGAAAGUGCAUCUACGCAUUGCUGCCUCGUCGCCAUUGGGCGAUUACAGGUUACUAGUACGCCAAAUACGAACGAUUUAGCGGGUUCUAAUAGCAAUAGCGAAUUUAUUUCACGUCACUCUGCGGAAGGUACGUUUACCUUCGUGGACCAAAGAGUCGGUGGAAUAUUGGGGUAUACGCCCUCGGAACUUUUAGGGCAUAAAUGUUAUCAAUUCUUUCAUCCGGAGGAUGAAACCCAUAUGCGCGAAAGCUUCGAACAAGUUUUGAAGCUGAAAGGACAGGUGGUUUCUGUGAUGUAUAGAUUUCGAGCUAAGAAUCGUGAUUGGGUGUGGUUGAGGACAUCGGCUUUUGCGUUUUUAAAUCCAUUUAACGACGACGUGGAGUACAUCGUUUGCACGAACUCUCAUGCGAAGUCAUUCCACUCUGGUAGCGAUGGGCAAACGGAAAGCGAAGCCGUACCUGCCUACGGACAACCUGGUUUAGAUUACUCCCUUCAGAGACAUCCCACCAGGGAUCCUAUAUACCCAGCGCAUCAUAUGAUGCAACAUCCAGCGGCUGUCGCCGCAGCUGGUCCACAGCAACCUAGGCCGUCCAGUACACAAAAUGUUUAUCAAGGGUACGAGACAACGCAGUCACCUAUAGCUUACGGUUCACCUGGUCAACAAAGUACAACUUCUUCUGUAUUAAGUAGAAUUCAAAAACCUGCAAAUACAUCUCCGACUCCUGUACAACAAGCAUGGGCCAUAGGUCGUCAGCAACCUGUAACGGAAGGGUAUCAGUACAGUCAAUUAAGUCCGUCAAGGUCACCAAGUGGACCGACAUAUACGCAAUUGAGUAGUGGUGCUAGAACACCGGCUACGCAAUAUCACGCAGUCACGACAGUGCCUAAUAAUCCGGGUAUGUGGGGAUGGCAAGGUCAACAACAUCAAACACCGCAACAAGAUGCUGCACAAUCAAAUCCACAAGUUGCCGGUCAAACGCAACCACCUCAUCCUACACAAGCUGGUGGUCCUGGCACGCAACCUCAAGAGCUCUCAGAUAUGUUGCAAAUGUUACAAGACCAAGGUGGCGCAUCCGGAUUCGAGGAGUUAAAUAUGUUUAAUACCAAUUUUGAGUAACGACCAAGGACGAAAAUUGCUGACAGUCUUACAUCUUAAAAGACUUAAGGUUCAAAUCAUUUUUGGAUUAUUCUAAGCAUCGUAAUCCACGCUCUUACUCGAGCAUUUCGACCUGUGCAAAGUUUAUGAUCAGCACCUUCUAUAGAUAUAUCCUACAUGAGCGUUAAGUUACUAUCGAUUGGAGUAUCCUGAUUAUUAGGUCCUAAUCGAUUAGUUCUGUUCGCAUGCAUUUCAGAUAUUACAUUCUUUUGAUAACUUUUUCUUUUCUUUUCAAAUUAUGUUCUCGAAAUCGUAUGAAUUUUAAAAUGCAUUCUUAAGAUCGGUGGUUAUUAUUUAGCAAAAGUGCCAUUAGAGAAUGCUUGCUCUUAUAAUGUGUUUUUAUCAGAUGUUUUAACGGAAAUAGAAAAAAAAGAAAAACUAAUAAUUAUUAACAUGGACAUAAUUAUAUGAAGAUAUCGAGAGAUUUCAUUCUACUUUAAUGUAAUUAUGAAUUCUAUGAUUUCAGGUAAUGCGAUUUGCAAGAGCGUGAAUCCAUUAUUUUAUAGUCAAUAUGAUCUAAUAAUUUGCAAAGGAAUGAUAAACUUUGUGUUUUAUUAAUUCAGUCUGUAUCUCUCUCUUUCUCUCUCUCUCUCUCUCUCUCUCUCUCUCUCUCUCUCUAUCUCUCUCUCUAUCUAUCUAUCUAUCUAUCUAUCUAUCUAUCUAUCUAUCUCUCUCUCUCUCUCUCGAAGUAGUUUAUUAUUUUGAAGCUUACAGUAGACAUUGUGCGAUGUGUUCAGAAGAGAGAAGCCUGCUUUACAUGGCAUAUAUAAAUACAUAUACACGUGGUAUAUACGAUAUGUAACAUUUCAAAUCUUCUGAAAUCAUCGAUGUCUAACUUUAUCUGUCCUUGUUCAAAGAGGUAGUGUUAUAUGAUCUUUUUAUUCAUUAGACUAUUAUUUCAUUUCGAAUGCCUUACGAAUUCUUUAAAAAAUGCGAAAUAGGAAAUGUGUUAUUUGAUUAUUGAAAAAGGUAUAUUUUAAAAAAAGAAAAAAGAAUAAUCAAUCAAAAAUCUAUGCAAAUCAUGAUCAUUUUAAUACCAGCUUAUCGGUAGGCACAUAAGGUUAGCUUAAUUAUUUUUUAAUUUAGAUAUUUGUAAUUAUAAACAGUGCAAUCAUAAAUCAACAUUUGACAGAAAUUGUUCAAACUUGACAAUGUACAAAAUUAUGUAACCCACUUUGCUUCUCUGUGCAAAACACCAUUUUUAGAUAUUCUUAAAGAAAAAUAUAGAUAAUGUUAUACAUAUAAAUAAUUGCAUUUAUAAGUAACCACGUGUGACUUAGUGCAUUUGUACAUGUUUAGCAAAAAUUUCGAUAAGCAGAUCAAAACAAAAUUACGGCAUAUCAUGAUGAAUUGGGAACAUUUUUCACUAAUAUACGAGGUAUACACAUA